AGCGGCGUCCCUGGUUGCCUGGAUACAGUGUUGUGUACACGCCGUGCGGCUGCUGGAUGGAGCUUAUUACGUUUUGAAAUACAAAAGCUCAAUGGAUUUGAUUAUAAGACAACGCCUCUCUGUUGCUGAAAAUCAGCAAGAUGCUGAUGCCCUGAACAGUGCGUACAAAUUAAUUAAAGCCGCUAACAUGGACGGAUCAACAAGAGAUGCCCCAGAAAUGUUCAGCUCUGAUCUGUAUGUUCUAUGUGCAGAACAAGCCCUUCAACUUGGAAAUCAUGCUGUGACCAAAGACUGUCUUCAAAUGUAUUUCAACAGCAAACCUCCUCCAAACCAGUUUUAUGGGAGAGCCUACCUGUGCAAAGCCCAAUUACACACACCCCUGUCUGCUAAUAAUGUGGAUGAAUUGGAAAAGUCUGUGGUGUACUAUCUGAAAGCAAUUGAUUUUGCAAUGAAGAAGGAAAGAUAUCAGUUCCUGGUGUACAACGCCUCUGUCCUAUACUGGCAAACUGUGCGUCCAUUUCUGAAGGCAGGCAGCCGCCAUCUCCUUACUAAUAGCCUUGCUACUGUUGUAAAGGCUUUGGGUGAAACAGAUGAUGAUAAGAACUGGAGAGCUGACUUGAUGAUGGAGCUGCUGGAAUGUUUGCUAGAUGGCCAGAAGAUGAAGGAAGCCAUGGACUGCGCAUCACAGGCGGCUGAGUUUAUUAAAGUGAACGUCCCUAACAAAUACCCUCUACUAUUUUCUAAGAUGGUGCAUCACAAAUUAAUUGACUCUGCUAAAGCGGCUAAGGAAACUAAAAGUUCAGCAAGUUUGUCAGUCAUCUAUAAAAUUCAAAAGCUCAGAUCGCAAUUAAACAGCUCUCUGACAACAAAGGACAUUUUUACAAGUCUAAGUGAAAUUUAUAAACUUGUGGCUGUUGCUCAGGAACCCGCUUUACCCUUAUCCACAUCUGAAAAAGUUCCUCUGCUGAUUGAACUUGCUCAUCUCUCUCUGGAAUUAAAAUGCAAUCAACUUGCCGCAGCUUGCAUCAAUGAUUUGAAGUUGACAGAUCUCGUUGAUGAAAGAACUCUUAUAACUUUAGAAUGUCUACAGAGUGAACUUGAAGUUCUGUCUCUUGGUCCUCGGGUUGAAAUGUACACCAAAAGUGUUGUUGAGGUACAGUUAAAAGUUAUAAGGAAACUGGAGACAACAUUACAGGAUGCAGUACAUCUUGGUGACCCGAUCUCAAUCCAGGGUGUGUGUACAACUCUAUGGAAUCUUUGUUUGCCUUUACUGCAGAGGUAUCUGCGCAAGCACCUGAAGAAGCCUCUGGUGGCUGUUGCCGAAGCAUUAGAAGACAUAGAUAGCUUGUUGACUGUGAUGCGCUGCCAAAUUCACAUGGAAAUAGCACAUAUAGAGGAUGAGGAUGAUAGAACUGAAGUUGCCAUAAAACACAUACAGAAAGCUUUAGGCCUCGAUGGUACUGGACAAUACCAAAACUUCCUGAAAAUGUAUCUGCAUCGUCUUCAGCUCCGAGCUACACUGUACACUAAACCAGAGCGUGUCGAGGAUCAGGCUGCCAUGAUUCUUGAACAGGCAAAACAGAGCAACUCUAAGGAAUCUGUAAAGAAGAAGCGUCCGUUACUUGUGAAUGUUGGCCUUUGUCUGGCCCCUGAUGUUUUUCAGAUGGUUCUGGAUAGUGAAAACGAAGCCAAAGUCUCCAUAGGUAAAGGUAAUAAAGGACGUUUAAGUCACUUAUAUAUGAGAGCACAGCAUCAUACAAAAUGUGUCUUGAAGACUGAAGGCCAUUUAAUCCGAACAGACAAUAAAAAUGAUGUUGAGAGGGCCAGACUCUGGGCAGAUUUGGCCAAAGUUGCUCGGAAACAGGAGGUCUGGGACGUGUGUAGGACAGCGUGCAGAUUUUGCCUCUUAUAUGAUGACGGCCGCUGGAAUGUGCCCACACAAGCUGUUUCACCAAAGGCAAAAUCUGUGUCCAGCGCAGUGGAAGAAGGCCGAAGUUCAGAACUGGAGUCAUCUAAGUCCAAGACUGAACUGUUCAAUGAUGAGAAGGCUUUACUAAGAAUGCUCGCAGAAAUCCGAUUCAUCAAUGCAGAGGCUACAAUACACUUAUUGAAGUCAGAAGGUUGUAAAAUCAAUGAACGUGCCAUCCCACCAGAAGACACAAGUAUGCGCCCAGCAUCUCAUGUCCCCGUGAAUCUGGAGGAAGACCCAGAAUGGAUUGUUUAUAGAGACUGGAUUUCCCAGAUUUCGACAUAUGCAAUGGAUAAUUUUUUGAAAGCUGCAGAGUUGGGUGUGGAGCUACAGGAGGCGUGGAUUACUUACAAUGCAGCUGUGUACAUCCUUAACCACAACAAGCAUAUUAUCGGUUCUGGGAGGUUAUCCAUUCUUGUUGAGCCACUGAAGAAACUUCUUACAGCAGUCAAGAAAACUGGACAUAAUGGGAACCCAGUGCUAUUGGUAAUCCUCUCCAGCACUUUAGCCAAAGGAUUAAUUCAUCCUUGGAUACCUGUGUCAGAAAAAAGACCAGAGACAGGUCCUCAUACAGAGAAGAGAAAGAAGGCGUCAGGGAAGGGACCUGAAAAAUCGAACGCAGCGCGUGUUAUAUCAAUUGAUCCAAAUGGUCUUCCUGAUAUAAAACUUGCCCUGGAGGUGUGUGAGUUUUGUUUGGAUUUGACAAAUGGAAGCACUCCAGAAGAUGUAGUACCUAUUUCCAUAAGACAACAGUUGCUGUCAGCAUGGGUGAAAGUUAAGCAACUGCUCCAACAACAAAUAGGACAGAAGCUGGGGACGGAUGAUGAGGAAAAUAAUGACGGACAGAACCCAAUGACCAAAGUCCUCGUUGCUUUAGAAAUGCAUUCCUGCAAUGGACUUGGACUGAUGGAAUUUACUGUUCCAAGCCUAACACAGGUGCUGAAAAUGAUCCUGGAUUGCAAUUGGUCGGAUCCCCUUGUGGAACUGCAGACGUUAACCAGGUUGGCGCAUUUUGCAUACAAUGCGCAGGACUUAGAAUUAGCAUUAUCCAGUACCCAGAGAGCUUUAAAGUUUGAUGACAAGACAAGUAAACAGGAAGUGCACAGUUCUAAGUUGGGAUGUGAGAUGUUAAGCGUUGCUGCCUGCAUCCAGGGCCAGAGCAUAAUGGAGAACUUGGCUGGGAAGAAACACUUGCGUCUCUCUGCCAUAAAAGCCUUCGAAACAAGUGCAAGAUUUGGAAGUGAAGCCAGGAGCCCCUCUCUGACACUACAAGCAACUAAACAUUUCUGGUAUGCUUGCUCUCCACUGACAAAAUCUGCUAAAGAGCGAGAACCUCUUAAGGAUUCUGUUAUUUGUGUUAUAAAGGCCCUGAAUGAAGCAGAAACCAAGCAGAAAGAGGGGUCAGAGAAUGAUACCACUUUAUUUCACCUGUGGCCUAUGAUGGACAUUGAAAACCGUAAAGUGCAUGACCCAGAUAGUCCUAAAGCUAUCUCCAGUGAAUCAGUUGGGUAUAAUGAGGAGCUAAGCCUAAAAGCUGGACUUUAUGAGCUGCUAUUCAUAUUACAUGCUGAUAAGAAUGAUUGGGAAUCGGGUCUCAAAGUACUGGAUGAAGCCAUCAAUAUUCUGCCACGUACUAGACACAGACUUGUCAUCUUCAAACACCGUGUUCUUGUAAAGGCACGUUUGGGUCAUAACUUUUUCAUGGACAUCCAGAAGUUCAAGGAUGAAAGUGAAGACUAUGUGUCAUACAUUUGGCAUCAUGUUGCCAAAACCUGCAAAAGCAGCCGUGAACAGUUAGCCUGCUAUAUGAAUGCAGUUGAUGCUUUGAAGAAGCCAGAAAAUGAUUGGCAGAAAGUGGAGUACUUGCUAGAACUGGCAGAAUGGUUGUACUGCAAACAGUUUUCUCUAAGCGAUGCUAUGAAUAUGCUUGAUUGGGCGGUGGAUAUACUGCUUCAUAUGAGGUUCUCCGGUAAUGCAGAGGAAGGUAAAACUCAAAAAACAAAACCAAAGCCUAGAAAGAAAUCGUCCCAAAAUAAAGAGCCAGCAAGCGAACAAGAUCCAAACCCUGAGGUUACCGAGACCGGACCUGGAGAUCAGCCUGGCAGCCCUUGUAACUCCCUGGAAGACUUGAAGAACAUUAGACAGCUAGAGGCCUUGGGACGAGCUCACACUUUAAUGGCUUCUCUUAGUGGUCAGGGUUCACAGAAUCAUGAGCAACACUGUCUGAUGGCAUAUGGGUAUAUAAUCCGUAUUUGGCAGGCGUCAUUGCCUGGAGCAUCUUCUUUCAUGAAAUCAUCACAAAAAAAUCCUGCCCCUGUUCAAAAUCCACAAUCUGCAUCAUCCCGUAAAGAAAAAGGAAAGAAAGAAACAAUUGAGCCUGUCAUGGUCAAGGAAAAGCCAAAGCGGAAAGGACCAAUUGACGUAUUACCUUCAAACGCAGAAGAGUGGGCUGUGUAUGAUUGCCCUGAUGAGCUUAGGGAUGCAUUUAAACAAGAUACAUCUUCCCAAGUCAUAAACAGAAGUACUAUUGUAAAACCAACAUACAGUCUUUACUACCUAAAUCUGCUUGUAGAAGAAUUGCACAACAUCUCGUACACACACUUGACACUUCCUGUUCUCCAACUGGCAGAGGUUAUCGCACAUGAUGUUGUGGAAAGUAAAAGUCUGUCAGAUCUCUACCAUCUAAGAAUUUCCAAAAUAUGUGGAGAUUUAAAACUCUACAAUGCAGCCAGUUAUCACCAAAGAACAGUCAGCAACAUGUCUAUUAACGAAUAUGAACUGAUAAGCUAUAGACAAGAAGCUGCGGUGACAAAUGAGGAGAAUCAAGAUGGCAGUAAUGAUGAUGUAACAGACCAACCUCUAAGUGGUAAAAAAAAGCUACUGAGCGUACGUGCAGAUGGCAAAGGAUUGAGUGGACUUUCUCUUCCUUAUCUGUGGCUGGAGAAGGCUGAUAUAUUGAUACAGCUUGGGCAUUUCCAAUCAGCUAGAAUCCUACUGUCACAAGCAUAUAAGUCAUUCCAGGAUAUCGGCGACAAGCACGAUCACCUAAAAUGCCUUUAUUUAUUAUCUGUGUUGGCAAACUGUGAGAAGAAUCAUGGACAAGCUAGGUCUUUGCUUCUGGAAGCCAAAGAUCUAAAGAGGGAUGCAAAGCUUCUGUAUGAAACCACAUGUUCAUUAACUGAGGCAAUUUUAGGUGAAGAAAAAGAAGAAAGAGAAAGAAAGGCCUGUCAAAUUUUGGAUACCGCAAUAAAUGCUCUUAAAACCAUGUUGCACAAAGAAAAAAACAGGGAGUCAGAAUAUGGACUUUUUAUAGCCAAACUGAAUGCAAGGAAAUUUUUAGUUCUAUUUAAAAAUGCUCAAGAUCUGAUUAGUAGUGGAACUACGCCGUCUCAGACUGUUGUGACGUUGCUUAAUAUGUGCGAUAAAAUGAGUCAAAUAGAAGCUGAUCUUCUGCGCUAUGGACACAAGGAGUACAGAGCUGAAUUCCUAAUGGACCACUCAACUAUCCUUAGGAUCCUUGCAAGCACAGUGGACGAUGAACACCGUAAACACAAUUACUAUUUGGAUGCAUAUAUUAUGGCAGAGAAAGCGAUAAGCAUACUAGAGCAAAUACUGUACAGCAUUGAAAAUACUUCCCGAACUGAGGCAGGGGGUACCCGUUUGCCUGUCUUGAGAAAACUUGCUAAAAUGAAACUGGAUUUUGCUGAACUGUCACUGGAAAUAAUGCAUCUUUUCAUCGAUGAGGAAAGUAAAAAGAUGCAGGAGGAAAAAAGCAAAGGAGCCCUUUGUGUCAUGGUGGAAGAGUUUGUCAGAGCCACCCCAGAUUAUAAUUCUCUUGAACAGGAGUGGAAAACGCUUCGCCGUACAAUAUCUUCCUCCACGCUGUCUCAGUUGGCGAGUGCUUUGACACUAGCAGGUGGUUGUAAUGAUCUGAAGGCACGGUGUUUGUAUCUUACUGGAAGAUGCCUCCUGCUGCAGUCUUUUACAGUCGAUCCGCUUGAUGCAGACAUGUACUGGAAUGAACAUUAUUUGGAUGAAAGAAAAACUACAGGAGACAUUGGAGAUAGUGAAUCUGAAUGGCCUGAUGCCAAUACAAAGCCAACUAAUAAACAUCUAGAUCAGCUAGCAAGGAAAGCUGCAGCUUUUAAGACAAGACGAGCAUUGGCAGAAGUCUAUCUUGCCCAGUCCAAUGAGAUUUUACUUCAGUCCAUUAAUGCUGCAAUAGACAACAAGCUGAUGGACACAUUGUCAGCCGCAAGUCUUGAGAUCUGUUUAUGUUUUGGACAGUUUGACUCUCUAACAUCAGGGUUUUUUCUUGCUCUUCAUCAGAGCUGUUCUUCAUGUAUGAUGAUUAAAAACAUAGUGCUAAUGGCAACACGCAAUACUGGCAGCUCUCAGUUUGCAGCAUUACUGAACCUCCUGCAUUAUCUACAAGAGAAAGGAGAUGAAGGAUCUCUUCGGAAACAGGUUGAGCAACAACUGGCCACCAUCUCAAAAGUAUGGGGGAAUCUGCAUGUCCCAAUGCAGCAUUUCAGUAUGUUUGGUGAGCUGCCACCAAACUUCAGUAUUAUUAUUCUGCAACAUUCAGAAGACAGAUCUUUCUUGUACGGAGCUCUACUUGAAAAGCCAAAAGUUAUCUCAACACAGAAAGGAAAGUUACACCAACAACAAAGAACCAUGCGAGCCAGAGUGGCCCGAUGUUCUGUGAAUCGUCAGAUGUUUUCCAGCUUGUUGGAGAAAAUGGAGCUGUUCAAACAAGAUACCACGCAGAAUCUUCUCAAAAGGGAACAUCAACUGAGCUUCACAAGGCAGAAGAAUGCUUUUGAAAACAUUAACAACAAUCCAGCAAUGGAUGUGUCCAGUAUUCCAGAAGAUGAGAAUGAGAAGAAAUGUAGUACACAGUUUCAUGAGAUAGUAGAGGACUUGAACACAUACCUAAGCCCUGUACUGCUACAACUGGAGGUCUCUCUGCCAAGACAGCCAACUCCAACACUUUCAUCCAGUGGGUCUUCACGAGCAAAGUCCAGAGAGAAGGAGGAGAAGCCAGCAUCAAGUGCCUCAGUAGAAGUGGGAGAUUGCAUUAUCGUAUUGGCAGACAGAUUCCUUCAGCAGAUGCCCCUGGAAGCGCUGCCAGUUUUCAAGGAUGAUGGUGGGAACUCCGUGUCUAGAGACUUUUCUCUUCAAUUAUUGUAUAACCGGAUUCAUACAGAGCAGACAGAAGAAGGAGAAGGAAAGCGAGAGGUGAAGAGUGCAAAAGAAUCCAAACAGAAAAAAAAUAUAAAGGCUGUACCUAUCAAUCGAGAGUUGCUAGCUAACUGCAUGCCAGUGGAAACCCACCGUUUCAAGUAUAUUGUGGAUCCUUACAAUGAAAUACUAGAACCAGAAACACUCAGCCCGGCCUACAGAAUGAAUGAGGUGCUUGUAAAGUACGGACAGCAAUUUACAGCUCAUUGGGAAGGAAUUAUAGGCAGCACACGUGUGCCCAGCCAUGCAGAGUGGGAAAAUCUCAUGACCAGUUGCAGUGCAUUCAUUUUCUAUGGCGCAGAGAAAUUUCUGGCUCAUGUAAUGCUGGAUAAAAUUAUUGUCAUGGAUUUUACAGGCUGUCAGUUGAUGAUUUUGAUAGACCAGAUGCGGACAAGUCAGAGUUUUUCAAGGCAAUCAACAGUCGAUGUACAAAAGAGUAAAAGUCAGUUGAUACUGGAAAGGCCAGUGGAGACGGCCCUACUGCUAAGUGUGGCAGGCGUCCGCUCUAUAAUGCUCAACCAGUGGAACACAAGUGUGGAGCAGAACGCUAAAAGAUUGGACGACCUCUCCGAGUAUCUACUAGCACUUGGCAAGACCAGUGGGCAGACUGUACAUGGCCAGCGAAAACUCAAGAGUUGUUCAGAAGUCACUGUGAAGGGUAUGUCUUACUUUAAAUCAGAAGGAGAGGUCUCCGAAGAACGCAGUCAGCUAACAAGUCCAAGUGAUCCAUCGUUACCUGAUGCAGACCCGUCCUUUUUUAACUAUACGCUGUAUGGCCUGCCUAAUAUGAUGGUUAUGUGAGAUUUUUGUCAGUGACAAUCCAAUAAACACUCAGUUUGGUUAUACUUG